ACUCUGUGCCAGUUAUAAAACUCCCAACUAUCCCAGGAUUCCAUAUCUCCUGGCUGGUUGUCCUAUAAUAAGUUCAGUUGAAGAAGAGAAAACAGGUGAAAUAGCACAAAAAACAGAGGAACAAGAACAAGGAAGAGAGAAAACGAAGAAAGAAAGCAACCCAGAAAGCCAAUAAAGGAAGAGAGAGAGAGAGAGAGAGCUUGUUGUCAAAACAAUGGCCGGGUUUUUCUACUCUUCAGCCAUGCUUGGGAUCUGUGCAUUGGUCUUGGUUCUUCUCGGAUCAUCAUCCACCGUCCAUGCAGGUGGAUCCCACGGCCACCAGCUGGGAUGGCUACCCACCAGAUCGCCCUGCAAGGGCACCAUAGCGGAGUGCCUGGCCGGGGACGAGUUUGACCUGGACUCUGAGAUCAGCCGGCGCAUUCUAGCCACCAGCAGCUACAUCAGCUACGGUGCGCUGCAGAGGAACUCUGUGCCCUGCUCUCGACGUGGGGCUUCCUACUACAACUGCCAGCCUGGCGCUCAGGCCAAUCCCUAUAGCCGUGGCUGCAGUGCCAUUACAAGGUGCAGGAGUUGAUUUCUUCUUCUUUCAACUUUUUUCGUUAAUUUUUGGUUUUUUUUUUUGAAAUGGGUUUGAUUGUUAUACAUGAAGAAAGCGAAAGAGAGAGAGAUUGUUGGUGUUGGAUCAUUGUUGUUGUUAUAAUUAUAUUUGGAUAUCUCUGUACAAGAUUAUGUUUGUUUUUAGUAUUCUUUCCAAGCUUGUGUUUAUUUAGGAUCAAGAUCUCAGCUUUACCUCUACUUGGGCUUUCUGAAUCUCUGAAUUUUUUUAUCUUCUGUGUUUUAUUUUUUUCUUCAUGUUGGUUAAUGGAUUUAUCUGGU